AGAUGUGUGAGAUAUAUUUAUUUUUUUGAUGAUUUUGACAUUGGUUGUUUGAUAUGAGUUAGGGUUUAUGAUUUUCAGAUCUGGGUUUUUUUUGGAGGGUUUUAUUUAUGUGUGGCAUUAUGAUAUUUUUAUGAUGAAAUUAUUGUAUACUAGUUUAUGAUUGGUACAUGAGUUCAAUCAAAAUUAGGUAGUUCUUUUGGAUUUAAGAAGUUGAGUUAUACAUAAGAAGUUGCCCCAAAAUAUCUGAAUAGAGAAAAGCUUGCUGUGCCACAUAUUAUUUGACAAACUUGGCCACUGUCCACCAUUAAGAAGUCCCUUAUAGUAGGUCCCCUUGCUUUUUAUUUUUUUAUUUAAUAAAUAAAUGAAAUUAAGUACCCCAUGCUAUUUUCUGCACUGGGUAGCUGCUGGAUUUCUGCACUGGAUAGCUGCUGCUUGCAACGUGUGGGCUACUGUUUUCUUAUUCUGCACUAAUUUCACGCUCGGCAUUGGGUUUAGUUGGCUGCACUGGUUUUAGUUUUGUUGUAGUUUAGCUCUAGCUGCAUGUACUGUUUUGGUUUCCCUUGACUAACCCCAGGGUCUAUACUUCUUUGUAUACAAACUAUAUCAAUAAUAUAUCUAUCUUUACCUCAGAAAAAGUCCCCCAUGCUAUUUAGAUUAGUAUGUCAACUUCACUAUUUUGAAUGUUGAAGGCUUUGAAAAAGGCAUGCUUGAUGAAGCUUUUGAUAAUUUGGUUAAUGAUGAAAAGGCAGUAAGGGCCUUUAUGGCUAAAAAUGACAGGAUGAGAAAGCUUUGGUUGGAGAAAUUUUUCAAAAAAAACCUUCUAACUUGAAGUUGCUGGAUACGUUGUGUGAAACAUGUUAGUGGUACCAUGGUAUUCUUUAGGUUAUUAAUAAUUAUGGAACAAUUCCAUAUUUUGGAAGGUUAUGUGUUAAUGUUAUCUAUAUUGUCAUAGUCUUUGGGUUUUGUUAUUGUAAGUGUGCUUAUGGAUGGUUAUGCAACACUGAUUGACAUGUUUUGGAUUUAUUAUGGAAUAAUGUCAUAUUUUGGAUUCAUUAGUAUUAUGAUAAUGUUAUAUUUUGUCUAGAAAUAUUUUGCAGGUGUUUAUUUCUUCUUGUGAUCUUAUUUAUUGAUACCUGGAAUGGUGUUCAAUUUGAGAUGUUAUACAAACUUCCCUUUCCUUACCAAGCUUGUUUCUUCUAAUAUCUAUGAUUGUAUAUGUCCAGCUAAGACUUAUGCCAUAUUUGUACCAAAUCUGCUUAUGAAUGCAAUUGUUGAACAACUUGAAGCAGUUUUCAACAAUUUUGGGCCUAUUAAGCAUAAUGGUAUUCAAGUUAGAAGUAGCAAGGGAACAUGUUUUGGUUUUGUGGAAUUUGAAUCUGCCAGUUCGAUGCGAAGUGCUAUUAAGUUAACAAUGACAGAGGGAGGUUUUCAGGACAUGCUGGUUAUCGAAAUGAAAACUUUAGGGGCCGUGGAAACUUCAGUGGUGGAAAUUUUAGCAUAGGUGGGAGAAAUGACUUUGAUAGGCUAUUUGAUUUCUUAAAUCGAACUCGUGGUAAUGCUAGACGAAAUGAAGAAACUGGCCAUAGGGUCUACAAAAAUGGAGGAGGAAAAGCCACACGCCAAGCCAGUCAAGGCAGCAUGAGCUAGGUUGUGACUGCUCCUUUUGCUCCAGUUUUGUUGAUAAUUGUACUUUUGUCUUUUGAUUAAAUAGGAAGUUUAGUGGGGAUUUUUGGGAAUUAGCAUAGUAAGGAGGUUGUAUAUAGUAAGUUAACUAACGUUUCAAAUGAUUAAGGAAAAUAACAUCUCGAGUUUUAGAAACUCGAGACCUAUUUAAAAAUCGACUAUUAGAAACUCGCUUUACCACUGCUGUGCAAUUGCUGAGUCGGACUAAAAUUCCACAUAGAUCUCGAGUCUUAAAGACUUGAUUUCUACAAAAUAAAAAUCGAGUCUUAAAGACUCGAUUUUCUAGUGCAAAAACGUUUUAAUACUAAUAGAUAUCGAGUAUUGGAAACUCGAUAUUUAAGUAAAAUUUGCAUAGAACUCGAGUCUUAUAGAGUCGAGUUCUGUUGGGAAAAAUUUUAUAAACUUACACGCAUUAGUCUACAAAAUUCACAGAUAAUUAUCAGCCCUUACUCUUACCCAUAACACUCAGCCUCACUAACUCACUGCCUCACUCACCCAUAACUCUCACACCACAUUGCCUCUCACUUUCACUCACCACAUUGCCUCUCUCACUGCUCCUCCCUCUCAACAAAUUCAUAUUUGAGUUAAGGGUUUUUUGAUUUGAUUGUCAUUAUAGUUGGGUAUUAUUUGUUGUUGGGUGUGGGUUAAAGAGUUUGACUCUUUAUUUUGUAGAUAGUUAACAUAACUUAGUUAAGAUACUGAUAUUGUGAAUUAUAGAACUUUGUUUUGUUACUGUUAAUUUUUUGAGUAUUUAUUUGCAUGGUUUUUGUUAUCAUUAUUUUAUUCAUCA